GGCGACAAGUUGAACAGCAAGAAGAAUUAAAAAUGGGGAGAAAGGAACAAUUUGUAGAAGAAGAAAAAUAUUACAAUAAAUCAGCCAACUCAAUUCCUUUUUGGCCAGCAGAUUUUUUAUAUCAAUUUAAUGGGACAUGUAAUGUUUUUAAUAUUUUAUUUUUUAGAUUAUUUUUUGUUGUUAUUUUAUUUUAUAAUAUUUAUUUUUAA